GAGAGUCACAUUCGAGUGUUUUUACAUAAACUGAGUUGAUUAAGUAAAGAGUCUUGUGACAAAAAGAAUAAUACGAACUUUAUAGAACAAUAUAAAAAGUGCAAGACAAGCAGACAGCAUCAUCUUCAUCAUCUCUCUGUCUAUCUGUCUGUCUGUCUGUCUGUCUGUCUGUCUGUCUGUCUGUCUGUCUGUCUGUCUAUCUGUCUGUCUGUCUGGGCCAGUACGGACCAGACAGACAGACAGCAUCAUCUUCAUCGUCUGUCUGUCUGUCUGUCUGUCUGGGCCAGUACGGACCUCGAAGGUUAAUAGCCCUCUACCUGCUGACUGUAUUUACGGUGAGUCUGAUUUUGUGCGUCCCUCUGUGCGUCAAUACGUCACUCCUAAAACCCCGCCCCCUCGUGUGCUUCUGUUUUGACGUCCUCGCAUCAGCACCAUCUCGAGCAUCCUUUCCUCCGGAGGCGGAGGUGGGAGUCUUUCUUCAUCUCUCUCUCUCUCUCUCUCUCUCUCUCUCUCGCUCGCUUUCGUUCCUCCUCUCUUUCCCACUCCAGUAGUCGAGCUGAGCCGUUCUCCCGCGCGGUUGCGCUGUCUCUCUCCGUCCGUCCGUCAGGAUGUCGAGCCUGUUGGAGAACCCUCUCCAGGCGGUGCUCUAUCUGAAGGAGCUGACGACGAUCGUGCAGAACCAGCAGGGCCUCAUUCAGACCCAGCGGCAUCGCAUCGACACGCUUGAGCGCAAGCUAAAGGAGCUGGACGGAGAAAACCGGCGCCUCCACGACGCCGCGCACCGGCAUCCCCCGCGGCCUCAUCCGCCCGCUCGCACCUCCGCCGCUCCAGCCGGCACGGACGGGACGCCUCUUCCCCUGCGCACACCGGGCGCUCAGACCGAGCGCCACUCGCCGCAAGACAUGCAGCUGGUACCCGCCGCGCCCGGCGGUGCGAGCGCGGACUCGUCCGCCGAGGACACGGACGCGGACACGCGCUGCCGGUCCCUGGUGCCCCAGAUGUCCAUCGCGCUCUGUCGGACCGGACCGAGGAAUUCCGAAAGCCAGACUGUCCUGCACCAGUUUUGCUGCCCCGCCCCUGAAGCUCCUGAAGGUGAUCAUGUUGGCUGUUCGAGCAGUUCAAUCCAUCAUGUUGAAGAAGUGGAGGAGAAAGAAGCGAAGGAUGAUGCUCAGUUGAGAUCUAGAUCCUGUCCACAUACGCCGGACUACGAGCUCUCUCCUGAUCUCAAACAAAAACAGAUAGAGGAUUUGGAGCAGAAGUACGGUGGUGCACUGAUUUCACGGCGCGCUGCCUGUAAGAUCCAGACGGCGUUCCGUCAGUACCAGCUCAGCAAGAACUUCCAGAAGAUCCGUAACUCGGUUCUGGAAAGCGGCAUUCCGAGGCGCAUGUCUAUGCGCAGGGUGCGGGUGCAGAGAGGCGGCUUCUCUGCUGAGCGUGCGCUAAUGGAGGGAUGUUCUCUCAUGGGCAUACCACUUACACACAACAGCUCCAUGUCCACAGGUGCCACCAACACACUUACAAACCUGGAGGACACCUUCAGUGACCAGGUUCAGUCUUUAGCCCGCUCCAUAGAUGAGGCCUUGAGCAGCUGGACCUCUGUGCAUGACGGAGAGGGGUCAGGAACCUCAGUGACUACGCCCCCGGGAUCGGUCACCGAGGGCUUGCUGAUGGACUCUACCAGCCUUCAAUCGGCCACGCAGAACGCCCAUGCAGAAAACAUUCCUCGUAGCGCCAGCAAGCUCAUGAUGGCCUUCAGAGACGUGACGGUGCAAAUCGACAACCACAACUUUCGCCUGUCCUCCUCGGUGCUCGAGUCGGUUUCCCUAGGCAACGGCAUCUCCAAGGAAACUGCCACGGAGCCUCAGGCAGGGGUGCAGAGCGGGGGUCAAUCAGAAUCAUCCACCACGAUUGAGUCUGAGUUCCCAGCCCCGCCCCCUAGUGAGGAGAUAGCGCUGGAUCAGCGGGCGAUCAGCGAAGAAGCCGGAUCUGUAAGGUCGGCCUGGGAGAAGCCGCUGACGAAUCAGAGCGUCUCGGAGAACAGCUCCGAGCCAAUCAGCAGCAGCAGCACGUCCACUUCGGCAUGCGAGAAUAUGAUCAUGUCCUUACCACGUACACACUGCCCAGACACGCACUGUGGGACGUUCUCCACAGACGUCGCACGCAAGAGACUCUACCGCAUCGGACUCAACCUGUUUAACAUAAACCCAGACAAAGGCAUCCAGUUCCUGAUCUCACGAGGUUUCAUCCCCGACACGGCCAUAGGCGUGGCUCACUUCCUGCUGCAGAGGAAAGGCCUGAGCCGGCAGAUGAUCGGAGAGUUUCUGGGCAACAGCAAGAGGCAGUUCAACAGAGACGUUCUUGACUGUGUGGUGGAUGAGAUGGAUUUCUCCUUGCUGGAGCUGGACGAGGCUCUGCGGAAGUUUCAGGCUCAUGUUCGUGUGCAGGGAGAAGCUCAGAAGGUGGAGAGGCUCAUUGAAGCGUUCAGUCAGAGGUACUGCAUGUGUAACCCCGAUGUGGUGCAGCAGUUCCACAACCCCGACACAAUCUUUAUCCUGGCCUUCGCCAUCGUCCUCCUUAACACCGACAUGUACAGCCCGAACAUCAAACCAGAGCGCAAGAUGCUCCUCGAGGACUUCAUCCGCAACCUCCGAGGGGUGGACGACGGUGCAGAUAUUCCACGGGACAUGGUGACUGGCAUUUAUGAGCGCAUCCAACAGCGCGAGCUCCGUUCUAACGAGGACCACGUGACCUACGUGACUAGGGUGGAGCAGAGCAUUCAGGGAAUGAAGACAAUCCUGUCGGUGCCUCAUCGGAGGCUGGUGUGCUGCAGCCGUCUCUAUGAAGUCAGUGACGUGAACAAGCCACAAAAACAAGCAGCCCAUCAGAGAGAGGUGUUCCUUUUUAAUGACCUUAUUGUGAUACUUAAGUUGUGUCCUAAGAAGAAGAGUGCAGCGACAUAUGUGUUCUGUAAAGCCAUGGGGCUGCUGGGGAUGCAGUUCCACAUGUUCGAAAAUGAGUAUUACCCUCAUGGUAUCACCAUCCUGUCUCCGUUCUCGUCGGAGAAGAAGCAGGUGGUGAGUUUCUGCUCACAGAGUUCCGAGGAGCUGCUAAAGUUUGUGGAGGAUCUGCGAGAGAGCAUCGCCGAGGUGGCUGAAAUGGAACAGAUCCGUGUUGAAUGGGAAUUAGAGCGGCAGCAGGCAGCAAGAACAACCGUGCAGAACAAUGGCAGCCAGCUGGAGAUGCAUUCAAGACCAAUAUCUCCUGCAGGAGACCAGGAUUUUUAUGAGAAGACAGGAAACAAUGCAGUUGAGGUGUCAAUUCACAACAGGCUCCGAACGUACCAGGUCAGCACCCCACCGGCUCCGCCCACUUCUCAGCCUCAGCUGGCCAUCAUGCCUAGUCCGGCUUCUCAAAGCUCCACCCCCAGCUCCGCCAAUAACAUCUCCCCUGACACGCUUAUCCAGUGCCAGCAGAUCGUCAAGGUGAUCGUCGUGGACUCAGCAGGCCGCGGGCACGUAGAGUCGUUCCUCAGCCACAACCCUGGACAGCGUUUAAUCCAGUCGGCUGUCUCUACUCCGACUCGCUCGAGGGAUGGCGGAGCUAAGCAGCCUCCCCUGCCACCUCCACCACCUCCUUAUCACCACAAACACCAGUUCUGCCCCCCGACUCCGCCCCCUCCACAGCACCUGCUCAGUCAGCGUAGGUAUUCAAGUGGGACACGCAGCCUAGUCUGAAUGCACACACACACACACACACACACACACACACACACACAAAUAUAUUUAGUUCCCAUUACACCUUUUCUAUUCGAAACCAUAUGACCACAGAUGGUAAUAUAUUCUUUUCUCUCUCAUUAAACACACACAAACACACACCAACACACACCUUUUAUACUCAAACACCCGCUCAGUGCUGUAUAAAUAGUCCUUUCUCCCACUCAGGGCCUUGUGUCCUCUAAAUGAGUAUUUUAGAUACAGAGUAGUUAGUUUUGUCAGAUGUUCUUUUCCCUGUACUUUUAUCUGUUUUUGGGGGUUUCUAGAGCAAUUUCCACAGAGCUGCAACGUUAGCAUCAGACUUUCUUACAACAUUUAGUGUAUGAUGUGAUGACAUUAGCAGUGUGUGUUAGUCACAGGGUUCAGAACUGUAAAACGUGGCUUAGAUUAGUUACUCUAGGCUAAAGAUGUGCUCAUGAUCUAUAGUGGUGUAUUAAACAGGGUGUCCACAGGCUCGUAAAUUACAUUUCUAAAAUGAACGCAAACAAGAAACUGUUCAUAGUGACAGGCACACCACUUUACCAUCUGCCACACAAAAAUGUGCUUAUAUCCACUGAUAAAUGAGCCCCUACAUGGACAAAAGUUUGUUGACACCUGAUCAUAAGAUCCAGAUGUGCUUUUUGAACAUCCCAUUCCACAAUAAGUCACCAUUCGCUCUAGAACCAUCCACUGAAGAUCUUCCACUCCAACACAUAGAAAUCAUAUCUUAUCAGAACUGGCUUUGUGCAUAGGGGCAUUGUCAUGCUGGAACAGGUUUUGGGUCUCCUACUUCAAGUAAAGUGAAAAUUAGAAGAAACCACAUCUAAAGAUGUUUAAUACAAUGGUGUGCCUCCUACUUUGUGGUAACAGCUUUGGGAGGAGCCACAUACAGAUGGAAGUCAGGUGUCUCAAUACUUUUGUUCAUAUAAUGUAUGUAACUCUUUCGGAAUUUCUGAACAUCCUAUAAAUUACUAGUUCCCUUUUAGGAACUCGAGCUGCGAGUCUAAAUAUUUUCUGAAUAAAGGUGUAGCAACGCGGUAAUAUUUUGAGAAAAAUCCCAGAGUUGCGAUAAAACGUUUCGCUGUUUUGCAAAAAUGGACGUGGAGGAUUUAAUUCAAUCCUACUUGAGGUUAGGAUUUAGCAAUAAGGAAAUUAUUUGUCUUUUGGCACAUCAGCAGGGAGUUAUAAUUAGUAAACGGACACUGCAGCGGUUUGCAGGAAACUUAAUUUAUUCAGAAGAAAAAAUCAGACAGACAUUGAGGAAAUUGCCUCUUUUGUGCAGUAUGAAAUGGCGACCAGUCGUCGUCUUCAAGGAUAUGAUAUUGAUGGUUACGUCUGUGUGCUAUUUGAGAAAGAUUUGUUGUUCCUCAAUAGACUAUGGGGAUGAUGACCAAAUAAAUCAACCCUGAAGGAGUCGAACAUCAUUGUGCUCGAUGCCUCUGACAUGGCCGGUACUUCAGCUGGGGUCCCACACGUUGUGGAAUGUGGAUUCAUAUGAUAAACUCGUAAUUUUUAUUGUAUUCUCAAAAUAUUACAACUCAAAAGAAGUCGAAACACUUUGGGAACGCGCCCGAGUGAUCAUGUUUAGAAAUAA